AUGAAAGCUCAUGAUGAAAUCAGAUUGGUGUUGAUAAACCAAGAAGAAACGAUGAACAAAAUGAAGAAUGAAGCUCAUGAUAAUUCUAAAGUGUUUGAACUUCUGACAGCAGAGAUAUCUUCAUUGAAUGUGAAGAUAAAGAAUUUGGAAGAUGUGAAUCAGACGCUAAAUCAGCUUCUCAGUGAAAUGAGUGAAGCUUCUUCGAAUGAAAUGAAGGUGAUAAAGCUUGAAAUGGAAGCAAUGAAGGCCGACAAAGUGAUGAAAGACAACCAAAUUAGCAUGUUAACUGCCAUCAUUGAAAGUCACUUAAAAAUUGAUAUUCAUGCUGCUUUCAAUGAAGUUGAAGUAAAAAGAGCUGAAGAGCGUAGAGUUGAACGAGAAAGACUGCUAGCUCAAGAAGCAACAGAUAGAAGAAAGAGUGUGGUUGUAGAUGUUGUUGGUUCAUCAAGUCAGCCUGAAGCUAGAGGAUCGUCAUCUCAAGAAGACAUUGAAAUGGUUGAUGUUGAAAAUGUUCAAGAGCAAGAUGUUGAAGCAGGCCAAGACUUUAUGCUGGUUGGUGAGUCUUCUAAACUCUUUAAUGUUAAUGAUGUUCUUAGGAGAGUGAAUGUUAUUCAAAGGAAAAGAAAAGCAAGAGAAGUAUUGUUGUUGGAAUGGAAGACGAAGCGGUUUGUACUUGUUGGUGAAGCUUCCUCAAUGCCUUAUAGCGCUAAAGAAAUUGCUCGUCAAAUGAAGAUUAAAGAAAGGCGAAGAAAGGCUAAGAUAGCACGUGGAGAAAUUGUCGAUGAUGAUUCUGAUAUAGAAUUGUUUGGUGACGAAGAAGAAGAUGAAGAUGAUAAUGAUGAUGAUAAGAAAGAUGACAAGCCUAAUGAUAAAGAUGAUAAGGGUGAUUAUGACAAUGAUCAGGGUGCUUCUGGUUUAUUGAUUGGGAAUCCAAAUGUUCAAGAAAGAAUUAAAGAAUUGAUGAAUGAUGAAAUAACCGAACAGGAGGAUGAUUCACAAAAUGAAGCCUCAUCAUCCGGAAAACAACAUGCAGAUCAGGUAUUUCUUUCAAACCCUACUGUUAUUUAUCUGAAUGCUCAACAAGAGGGGGAGAUUGAGAUUCAGAGAACAAGAGCUUAA